ACCAUAACCCAUGAAAUGUGAUUUUGCUAAUUAUUUAAUUUCUAUUCUACAAGAUAGAGCUUUGUUAUUUCUAAAUGCCAAUUUAGGAUGCAUUUUAGUUUGUCCCCAGCUUUAAUUUGUUAUGCAUUGUUGUAACUAUGUUCUUUAUUCUCUGUUUAAUAGUGUACUUUGUCUAUUGCCUAAGGAAAAUUAACAUGAGGUAAAAUUAGUACCAAACUUCAUUUAAAAAAUGGCUUUAGAGAUAAAAUAAAUGUAUAUAUAAUCUUAUUUAGAGAAGACAUGAAAAUAGCUCUUUUCCUACAAAUAGUACCUCAGUAUGCUAUACUUGGGAGUUUGUAAAUCGUAAAGAAAAUGCCUCCAUAUCACAGUACAUUUUCAUUAAAGUAAGUUAACCAUCACUCACAUAAUUACACAUAUUGCUCAUUUAGGGAGUUGGAAUUGGAACUCUAACUUUUUACCCUCAUUUUUUUUUGAACAUUAGCUUUAGGAUGUUUAUUUUGAGCCUAUUCACCCACAGAAUAGUGUAUUAGUAAGGAAUUCCUGGGGAGUAAGCAGCAGGAAAAGAGACUAAAUUAGUUUAAGUUAAAAAGGUAACAUACUAUAGAGAUAUUGGGAUAUUCCAUAGAGACCAAGGAUAUAAUUCAUUUUUGACAUUGGGAUAAAUGGAACCAAGGCUUGGAUUCUGUCAGGAGUCAGGAUGCUCUUUGUCUCAACUUCCCUGUUAUAUCUGCUUUAUUCUCCUUCCCCCCUGAGGUUCAGUUUAUAUCCACCCAGAGAGACUGGCCUAACUCUCUUGUUCACAAGUUUGAACUUGCAGAGAAAAGACUGCAGUUGGCUCAGAGGUUCCCACCUCUGGACUUAACAAUUUUGGCCUAGAGGGGUGGAUGAUAUUUAUUCAACAAAUAUUCAGUGAUCACUUAUUACAUGCCAGAAACUAUUCUAGCAACAAAUCAAACAGGUAAAGUCUCUGCCCUGGUAAAAACUUACCCCCUACAGAGAGGGUAAAAGAUUAUACAAAUAAAUGUAUGAUAAUGAAGAGUUUAUAUGUGCUAUGGAGUAAAGAAAGCAGUUUUAAAUACUGCAGCUGAAUUAAUUAGGAAGAGAAUUUACACAUAAUAUUACCUAUAUUUUUCUCAAUCUUUAGUCCUCAAACUAUUGCCAUCUGUUUCUGUCAUAUAAAUAUAUAAAAUGUACAUAUUUUAUAUUUAUAAUCUAUGUGUAUAUAUGGGUAAUAUACAUGAAUGUGCAUAUAUGUACAAUGCAUACAUAUAUGUAUAUAUGCACAUAUUGUAGUUUAUAGAAGUUUAGGGAGGCAAUAGAAGAAAGAAAUGGGGAAGUAGCUAUAAACAGAAGAAGGACCAAGGGACGUUUUUGUUAUUGCUGGUGGUGAUGGUUUUACUUGGGUCAUGAGAUUAAUUGACCUGCCUGUAUUUGUGGGGGAAGGAGCUAAGUUGAAGAUAAAGAUAUAGUCGAAAGACAGCAUCUCUGAAGGUUUCUUUGGCCUGGGACUUAGGACACCGGUAGGAAUGGUAGUCUUAGAGAAUACAGGAGGAGAGACCCUGGUUCCUCACAUAUGGCCAUGAGUGAGAUAGAAGGUGAUGCUCUAAUGGGUAUAUGUGAGGUGGAAGAGCUGGAAGGUGAAUUUCCUUCCACCUGAUAACCUCUUUUUUACUAUGAAAAAGAAAAACUGAAGGUAAAGAUGGAGGGGUUUGAUGAUGUAAGGGGUUUAAGAAAGUGGUGAAGGUUUGGAACUGUGACCGUAGGUAGUGUGGAAGUGAACUGACUAGGGACAAUUGGAAAAAAAUAGGUGUUGAGCAUCACUGAAGGCAGUGUAUGUCAGCCACUGUAAUUUUGAAAAACACCAGUCUGAGUUGUUGGGCAGCUUUCUCUUUGAGAGCUCAGUCACCUGGAACAGAAUUUGAGAGUGAUUCAUCUGGGUGGUGACUGCUCAGGCUUGCUGUAUUGGAAACAAAGGCUGGAAAGUAAGCAGAGAGUUCUAGUAAAAGGGUUAUUAAUUUGAUUAACAAGAGGUGUUUUGGCUGGACAUGGAAAAGAGAUGAGGGAGAUGAUGAUCUAGGAGAAGUGGACAAGGGCCUGAAGAUUUGGAUGAAACGCAACAGGUCAGUUGCUCCGAUUAAAAAUGUUUCGAGAGGAUCAUGGAUCGUGGAUGACAAUGUUCUUCAGCACAAUUCUAUUUCUCUUCAUUUUUUCUCACAUAUACAACACGAUUCUUCUAAUGGAUGGGAACAUGGGGUCACUGAUAUGAUGCUUCAGGACAAGCCCUAUCCUGAUUGGGGAAAAUCUGCAAGAGCCUUCUGGAAAAAAGGAAAUGUUAGGAUCAUUUUAUUCUGGACGGUUCUUUUCACUCUGACUUCUGUGGUUGUACUUGUCAUUACAACUGACUGGAUCAGCUGGGACAAGCUGAACAGGGGAUUUCUGCCCAGUGAUGAAGUUUCCAGAGCAUUCCUCGCUUCUUUCAUCUUGGUCUUUGACCUCCUUAUUGUGAUGCAGGACUGGGAAUUCCCACAUUUCAUGGGCGAUGUCGACGUAAAUCUCCCUGGGUUACACACUCCUCACAUGCAGUUCAAGAUUCCUUUCUUCCAGAAGAUCUUCAAGGAGGAAUAUCGUAUUCAUAUAACAGGCAAAUGGUUUAACUAUGGAAUUAUCUUUCUUGUCUUGAUUUUGGAUCUCAAUAUGUGGAAGAACCAAAUAUUUUAUAAACCUCACGAAUAUGGACAGUAUAUUGGCCCAGGACAGAAGAUAUACACAGUGAAAGACUCAGAAAGUUUAAAGGAUUUGAACAGAACCAAGCUCUCCUGGGAAUGGAGGUCCAAUCACACUAACCCUCGGACUAAUAAAACAUAUGUGGAGGGAGACAUGUUCUUACACAGCAGGUUCAUAGGGGCUAGCCUUGAUGUCAAGUGCCUGGCUUUUGUUCCAAGUCUUUUAGCCUUUGUGUGGUUUGGAUUCUUCAUUUGGUUCUUUGGACGGUUUUUGAAAAAUGAGCAAGGCAUGGAGAAUCAAGACAAAACUUACACUCGCAUGAAAAGAAAAUCCCCAUCAGAACACAGCAAAGACAUGGGAAUCACUCGAGAAAACACCCAGGCCUCAGUGGAAGACCCCUUGAAUGACCCCCCUUUGGUUUGCAUCAGGUCUGACUUCAACGAGAUCGUCUACAAGUCUUCCCACCUAACCUCAGAAAAUUUGAGCUCGCACUUGAAUGAAUCUACCAGUACAACAGAAGCUGAUCAAGACCCGACGAUUUCUAAAAGUACACCUACGAACUAGACUCACUGACUUGGACAGAGCACAAAAAGCAACUUUGAGUGUAACUUUAGUCUUUCCUUUUGUAAAUGUAAGGUUUACGUAGUGUUAGGUAAAGAAAUACAAACAAUGCCACAACGGUGCUCAACAUGCUUUUUCUAGGACUCAUUGUUUUCUAUUUGUAUUAUUAUACACGUGCCUACUGUAUAUUUUACAAUCCUCUAGAGAUUGCUUUCCACAAUUGCACAAGCUAUUUAUUUACUGACUUUACAGCAUAGUAGAUAAGCUGAUUAUUCAUGUAUUUGAUGUUCAACCAUAGUGGUGCCUUGAGACAUUAAACUUUUUAACUGUACCAGAAAUGAAGUGUGGAACAGUUCUCUAACCUAUUUCCCAUGGUUUGUUUUUUUUUUUUUUUCUUUUUGGUAUACAAUUAUUUUGAUGUACACCUGAUGUCUAAGCAGGAAACAGAUAUAGCUAAGACCUGACUCAGGAUCUCUUGGUUUCUUAUUCAGCAGCAGAGUUGGUGACUUUGACAGCUGGACUGCAGAAAAACAUGGUGAUUGCCUUUUAAUAUUUAUUGGCUGUCUUCCAAAUACAGAUACAGAUGCAAAAUUCAGUGAUAAAAGAACUAUAACCCAACAUGGGUCACUACCCAUGAAAUGUGACUUUCUCCAACCAGUAAUUGCAAUUAGGUGAUAAUACCUAAUUAUGUUUUCCUAAUUAAGGAUAAAUUGCUACUUGAUUAAAAAUCCUACCCUUCACCUUUGGGAACAAAGGUUAAGAGGCACAGUUGGGUGAACUCUCAAAUUUAUUGGCAUUUACACAAAGCCCUAGACAACCGAGGAACUGAAGUUUAAUCAUGUGAGAGUUGCACAGCCCACCAUCUACAAUAUUUGUACAUCUUUCUGCAAAUAUGGCUCUGGAAAGUGAAAAUUGAAAAACAUAUGCCAAGCCUGAGCAAGGGAACUCCUCUAAAAAUCAUGCAGCAGAAUCUUGUCAGGUAGAAAAAGGUGUGCAUGAAAGAAUCUGUUUAGUGUCUUGUUUUGUGUGUGUAUGUGUGUGUAUUUUUGUUUUUUUAAGAACUAAAUAUUAUACAUAAAUAAAUAAGAAUUCUACA